AUGGAUAACGAGACCUCUGGAGAGACAGCAGACAUGCUGUAUAUCCUGGUAACAGGAGCCAACAGUGGCCUCGGAUUCUCCAUUUGCUGCCGCCUGGCCGAUGAAUUCCUCGCUUCAAGCCCAAAAUCCCAAUACCUCACAAUUAUCUUCACGACCCGAAGCACACGCAAAGCAGAAGACACCCGGCGCAGACUGGAAGCCCACCUGCGAUCACGCGCACCCUCUUCCUCCGCCACCCCACGCGUACACUUCAGAAACGAAAGCGUCGACCUCGGCAACCUCCUCUCAGUGCGCGAACUAUCCCGCAAAUUAAUCCGCACCCUCCCAAGACUCGACUCAAUAGUCCUCAACGCCGGUCUGGGAGGGUGGUCUGGAAUCGACUGGCCCGCCGCAAUCUGGGGCGUGUGCACCGACCUAGUCCACCAAGUAACAUGGCCGUCGUACAAAGUCGCACCUGUCGGCAUCCUCACCGACAAGCAAACAAGUCUCCCUGAAGAACCACCUCUUGGUGCUGUCUUCUGCGCAAAUGUAUUUGGCCAUUACAUGCUGGCGCAUAACGUGACGCCGCUGCUGAAGCGCGCGCGCAUUCACGGACCCGGCCGUGUAAUCUGGGUUUCCAGUAUCGAAGCUACGACAAAGAUGUUCAAGGUGGAUGAUAUCCAGGCGUUGAAGUCGACUUGUCCGUACGAAUCUUCCAAGGCUCUUACCGAUAUCCUGGCUUUGACAUCGGAUUUGAAGGGGACGACGCCGUGGGCGGUAGAUGGAUUCUUGCAGUCGGACACCGAGGUUGAAACGCAUGCUAUUCAUACCGAGCCGCCUACUGCUGAGCCGCGCUCCUAUCUUGCCCAUCCUGGGAUCUGUGCUACGGCUAUUAUCCCUCUUCCCCUCCCACUUGUUUAUUGUAUGGUUAUUGCUUUCUGGGUUGCGCGUAUGCUGGGUUCGCCGUGGCAUAACCUCUCGACUUAUCUUGGUGCUUGUGCGCCUGUUUUCCUUGCGCUUCGGACGCAGGAUGAGGUUGACGCUGCUGAAGCGCCGUAUCACCUGGCCAAUGGUGGUCGUGUGAAAUGGGGCUCGUCUUGUACGCGCUCUGGGGUCGAUAGUAUUGCUUCUACUGAACUUGAUGGGUGGGGGCAUGGUGGUGUUGUUGGGAAGUUCGCCAGUGAGAGUGAUCGGACCCGGCGUCGUAAGCGUGGCGCCAUGGACUUGACUCCGGAGCAGAAGGAGGAGUUUGAGGACCUCGGGCGCCAAUGUUGGAAGCAGAUGGAGGAGCUGCGUGUUCAAUGGGAUGAUAUCCUUGAUCAAGCUGAGGGUAGCUCCUAG